AUGCCGGGCGGAAAGUUGUCCUCGCCGGAGGACGAGUCUGGAGGGGAAGAGGGCGAUGAGGGUGUCAAGGCCGGUGCCCACAAACGCGCCUGUGACUACUGCCAUCGGAUGAAGAUGCGGUGUAUAAACAAGGAGUCUCCCCCGUGCAAUCGGUGUCGCCAAGGCGGUCAUGCUUGUACUUUUGAUGGUCCGAGGAAGAGCAAGGCUACCAGAGUAGAGGACCGCCUCAAGAUGGUAGAGACGCAGAUGUCGAGCUUCCAAUCCUCCCUGACCGAACUGCUUCAGCUUCAGCGGGCGAGCGCACAGCCACAAUACUCUCAGGGGCCGCAUAACCGACUUCCGAGCCAGCCCUCGGCGUAUCCGGCUCCCUCUCCGUACGCCCCUCCCCCAUCAAUGUUCAGCAUGUCGACCAUAGAAGGUAAUCCCGGACCGUAUCAGGCUGGGGAGGGGCACUUUGGGAUGCCGGGACAGCCCUAUACCCCCGGAGGAAGCUAUGCUCAGCCUAUGCUAUCAAACCACCUCUCAAGUCGCUCAUCUACUGGACCUUCCCAGCCGCCCCGCCCGUCUGCUACUCCGGGCUUCUCGGUCCCGCCAGCGGACUCGCCUCGAGGGAAGCGCCCUCGACCCGCCGAGCCACCCCGCCCGCAAUCGCCCUCCUCGUCCGAAGAGGAAGACCCAGAUCCCGCUAUAGGCUCCGCUGUCUUUCCAGGACCCUGGCGAUCCAUGCUCUCGCUGGCUGAGGCGGCGCGUCUCAAGGCGGAUAACCAGUUUAGUAGGGACGAGUAUGGGGCCGAUGGAGCGUAUGGUGCGGACCCUCCCGAGUCCCAAGGGGGAGGCAUCGCGGGCUUCAACCUUGCCGACCGAAACCACCCCUUCGAUUAUGGCUCACGGUCCGAGACCAAGCGCCGUCGGUCGAUCGCUGAGGAUAACGCCGGUCUCAAAGGCGCUCUGCCCGUUCAGCGUGGAAGUCAUAUGCACGCGCACAAGGAUCCUGUCGACCUGGGCCUGAUCAGCGAAGCCAAAGGAAGAGCUCUAUUUGAUUCAUUCAUGCAGAAUUGCCACUUCUACAUCCCUGCUUUCGACCCCGAACAGGACACAUGGGACAGUAUGCGGCAGCGCUCCCCCUUUGUCAUCGCCACCAUCAUCUACAUUGGCCAGAAGUGCGAGGAUGCGGGCGGAGGUGUCACACCACUGCAAACACAGCUACGGGAACACGCGGAAAAGAUUGGCAUGAGUACCCUAUUCACACCCGUUGCUCGGAUCGAGGUCGUCCAAGCUUUAAUCAUGAUGGCUCAAUGGGGAGAUACCAGCUACCGACCUGGAGGACACGCUCUGCGCAUUGCUACCGAGAUGGGUCUGUGGAGGUGUCUACCAUAUCUCGUUCAGACCGGUAUGGGCGCUGGAAAGACUGCAGCCGAAGUCGCAGAGGAGAGACCGCUUGUGGUGGGUGCGAGGGUUUGGAUGACGAUCUUCAAGACCGAGUGCCAGAUGGCUUUUAAUUCUGGUCGGCCAUUCGGGAUCAGCAUUGAGUCUGUCCGGGAUGCGAGAAGGCUGGUCGAUCACCCACUCGCCAUCACUACUGAUAGCCGACUCGCGGCGUUCUGCGAGCUCCAGACUUAUCGAUUGCCCCUUCAUACUCCAUAUACUCUUUGGCCAUCCACGACCCACAUGCCUGAUCUCGACCAGAGAUUGAGGGAUGCCAAUCAGGCAUUCGCAGGGUGGUUUGCGCAUUGGGAUAGAUACUACGAGCGAAAAGGCUAUGCUCCAGAUGCUCUGCUGCGCGUUACUCUGACGACGAUGUUGUGUGGCACCAGUGUAUACUGUAACUCACUUAUCCUGAACGGCGUCAAAAACAAGGGCGACGUCGCAUUGCUCUCGGAGGAACGACACGCAUUUCUGCUCAAAGCCGUCAACUCUGCUGAGACCUUGAUGGCUGUUGCCUUCAGAGGGGAACAAGGCAAACAGUACCUCGACCGGUUCCGCUAUGCCAACUUGAACACGCACGUUAACUUUGCCUUCCUUGCAAGGUUCUUGAUUCGCAUGUCAAGCUUAGUUCCCGAAGGGGUUAAUCUCAGGCAGGUCGGACGGGACGUCGAGCAAUGCGCCAAAGUGCUGUCGAAUGUCCCCGGCUUCCAAUUCGCUCAGCUACUCCGCGACAUUCUCCUCAAAGCUCGCAAAAAGCAUGUGCUCCCGCCCCCUUCUCGAGCUCCCUCGCCAAGCCGGAUGAACCCUGGCUUCACCACAUCCCGCUUUACGCCUGUGCCUACCGCAUCAGAUCAUCCGUACGCCUCGCCUGCCGGCGGCGUAGGAGCUCACCCGGGUGUCUCGCCAAACUACGGUUCCGAGAGCGCGCUGUCUUCCGGUUUUGGUCUCCCUGAACUUGACUUUGGACUGGCGGAGCAGCUCUUCAACGAAGGAGGCGGAGUCUGGGGGAGCGGUGGCGGGGGAUUGGGCUUUAAUGCGGAUGGCGGGUUGUCUGGGAACUCUGGUCCUCUAGAUCAGAGUCUAGGGUACGAUCCCUGGUACCCAUAUCCUCCGAUCGAUCCUGAGUUGACGCACACUGCCGGUGCCAACUAUCAGAACGGGGCGUCAUCGAGCAUGGGGAACGGCUUUCAGGGUUAA